AGGUCGUAAUCGAGGAGCAUCUGAAGGGGAACCCGGGAGCGUGUGAGGGGGACCCGGCGGCCGGGAACCGAGGGCAUGUGAGGGAGAAUCGCAAUCGUUUGAAGGAACCGGCGGCCGGGAACCGGGAGCUUGUGAGGGAGAAUCGGGAGAGUGUGAGGGACACCUGGCGGCCGGAACCGGAAUCUUUUGAGGGUAAUCCGGCGUCCGGGAACGGGCAGUGUGUGAGGGGGAGCUGUGCGGUGUGAGGAAGACCCGGUGGCCGGGAACCCGGAGCCUGUGAGGGGGACCCGGCGGGCUGGAACCGGGAACGAGUGAGGGAGAACCGAGGCCAUAUGAUGGGCUCACGGCGCCGAGAAUCGGGAUCUUUGGAGGAGAGACCGGCGGCCGGGAACCGAGGGCGUGUGAGGGGGACCCGGCGGGCUCGAAGCGGGAGCGUGUGAGGGGGACCCGGCGGCUUCCCCGACUCUCGGUGUCACAGCACGGGUUAACCCAGUGAGGCAUCUGGUGCCGCCUCCCUGCUGCAGCCGGGCCGUCCCCGAGCACAGGACACAAGAUUCUGUCAGCAGGGUCUGGGAUAUCCGCAGUGAGGGAGACUCCGCAGCCCGUGUGGACAAUCUGUUUCUGGGCACGGCGUUGCUGAGCCGCCUCUCCUCUCUGUGCCCCGUGCAGGCGAGAUCCCGGCGCACUUGGGCGGCCCCGCGGUGUUCGGGGAUAACGUGGAGGAUGAGUGGUUCAUUGUGUAGCUGCUGCGGGAGAUCAGCCGGGAGUUGCCGGGGCUGGCAGCCAGGUGACUUUCACUCGGUGUUUGUAUGCACAGCUGGUGCAGCAGCAGUUUGUUCCAGACAGACGCAGUGGAUACACCCUGCCCGCCCCAGCUCAUCCUCAGUACAGAGCCUACGAGCUGGGCAUGAAGCUGGCUCAUGGCUUUGAAAUGUUGUGCUCCAAGAGCAGUAAAGUGGCUCCUGAUGCCAAGAGAAUUCUGUUAAGGGGUCCUCUGUGGGAGAGAUUCCUCAGGAGCUUGAAGGAGAAGGAUUAUUUCAAGGGAGAAAUGGAAGGAUCAGCCAAGUACCUGGAGCUGUUGCACAUGGCAGAAGAUCACUUCCAGCAAUCUGUUGCAGUGCCAGAAAGCCCCAGCCCAGCGCUGGCACCGGGGAUGAAGAGGCACUGAGGUGACCCUGAGAGGAAGUGCAAGGCACAGGGCGCAGCUGAGGAAGGACAGCGCUGUGCUGGGCUCAGAGGUGAAGCUGGCACUGCCCAGCG